UAAAUUUAACACAAUUCUUAAGUGCGUUGUUUCUUGUUAAGGUUGUCUAUCCAGGAUGAGGAAAUUCGCUUUUAUUUCUCUGUUUCUCCUUCUGGGGAGUCAUUUAGCAAAUAGCCGUUCGAUUAAGGAAAAUUUGAAUUUCAAUCCCGUAUCAGACGGUUUUUAUUCGUUCAGCAAUUCAUGGGGUUUAUCAGCAUCAACAGAGACAUGUGAGCCAGUUUAUGGGAUCUUGCCAUGCUCGUCAAAUGUAUGGGGGCUGCUGUUUCUGAUUGUGAUAUAUGAGAUCUUGCUUUCUUUGGGGGAGAGAUAUGUCGCAAACGGGUCGGAGCAGUUGUACGAGAUUAUCGGGACGGGUGGUAUUUUUGGAGCCAGUUUGUUUCAGUUUCUUGGAACAAUCCCACAAAUUAUCAUAGUUCUUGUAUCUUCACUUUCGGGAACUACUGAAGCGGCUCAACAACAAGCUAAAUUAGGAAUGGGACUGGUUGCAGGAUCUACAGUCUUUCUUUUGACGUUGGUUUGGGGCUUCUGUGUCCUCACAGGAAGCUAUGAUCUUUCUGAGGCCAAUACUGAUAAUACUGGAAAUCCGAAAACUCUAAAAGGUGUUGGCGUUGUGACUGAUGUUGAAACGUGCUAUACUGCACGAAUAAUGGUGAUAACAUUGGUUCCGCUUAUCAUCCUUCAACUCGUAAAAGUUUUCCCUUCUUCAGGGAGACGAGCGAUUAUACUUAUUGCUCUUAUUAUCACAGCGGGUCUCCUAAUUGCUUAUAUCUCCUAUCAGGUUUUCCAGCCAUGGAUUCAGAACAGAAGAUUUGAGCAUUUGAUGUAUAAAUAUGCGAAAGACAAGUUACUGAAGCUCUUGACCAGAAAUGGCAGGCCGAAUACUCAAAAAAUACAAGAUUUGUUCAACAGAGUCGACAGGAAUAGAAAUGGAUCAGUAUCAGAAGCAGAACUCAGAGUUUUUUUCUUAGGAUUGAAGUUGAACGAUGAUGAUUUGAGUACAGAAAAAGAUGUGGAGGACAUCAUGGAAUCUUUUGAUAUCACUGGCGACGCGGGUAUCAACCGGGAUGAAUUUGUUACUGUAAUGACAAAACUAGUUAACGACUUUUCCGAAAAGACUCCAGGUCCUAAACACCGAAAUGCUGCGAGUAGCAAUACCAAGAAUACGAGUGAAGCACAGCAGAGUCUGUUGGCUAAUAAUACAAGCACGACGGCAACCCCAAGCACGACGGCUAGUAAUGUUUGGGUCAAAUUCUUGACGGCUGCUUUUUUCCUGAUAUUUGGGUCUGGCAUGUUGCUCGUACUUGCACAACCUCUCAUUACAAGCGUUGUGUCGUUUUCUCAAGCUGUUAAUUUGUCUUCGUUUGCUGUCUCGUAUUUGGCUAUACCACUUGCAAUGAAUUACAGAGUUGCAGUUUCAUCAAUUGGUUCAGCAAGUCGUAAGUCACAGAGAAGCAUUUCAUUAACACUAUCCUCGCUAUAUGGUGCGGUGUACAUGAACAACGUUAUAGGUCUGAUCGUGUUCCUUGCACCAGUUUACGUGCGCAAUUUGUCAUCAGACGUCUCAGCUGAAGUCGUAGUUCUUCUCGUUGUCUGCAUCCUGAUGACCUUUUUUACAAGCUGCUGUACGAUAUUUCAUCGUUGGACAAGUUACGUAGUGCUACUUUUAUACCCGAUUUCUCUUGUUUCAGUAUACGUUCUUACCUCGGUUCUCGGGUGGUCUUAGAUAUUUAGAUUUGAUAUGUCUUAGAAUUCUUGCGCAUGCCUGUAUUAAUUAUUGGUAUUUUCAUUGCAACAUGCAACUUUUUUUUCACACAAAGAUUGUACCGUAUUUUUCUUUUUUAGCC